UCGAUCAACAUCGAGAGACAUGAGUCGCAAAAUGAAAUUAAUCGGGGUUACGGGAAGUCUUCUUGUGCUUGUAAUAGCAAUUAGCACAGUUGGGAUCGUUUUUUCUGAAGAAUAUACCGGACCCAAAGCCACAAAACAAGAUCUCGAUGAACUGCGGAAACUGAUGAAGUCGAAUUCGAUUCAUGCUUACAUUAUUCCGUCGAAUGAUGCGCAUCAAAGUGAAUAUAUUGCACCGAGUGAUGCCCGUUUGGCGUUUAUUUCAGGCUUUACUGGCUCAGCUGGGUAUGGAAUUGUGACUUUGGAUGAUGCCGCGUUAUGGACUGACUCGCGUUAUCACUUGCAAGCGGAACGGCAAGUCGAUCAAUCGCUCUGGACCAUCAUGAAAAUGGGCAAUGUUGGGGUUUUGACCAGGGCGGAAUGGCUUCUUGCUGCUUUGGGUAAAAAUAGUAAAGUUGGAUUUGAUCCUGUGUUGGUUUCUUCAACGGAAAUUGCCACUUUGACACCUACGAUGACCCAAAAUAACCAUUCAAUGGUCCCUCUUGAGAAAAAUCUCAUCGAUUCUGUGUGGAAAAAUAAGCCCCAACCGAACCUAACUCCCUUGAAACCACAUUCCUUGGAGUAUUCCGGCAGAAAUUCAAGCAGCAAAAUCCAAUCAAUCCGUGACGAGUUGAAAAAAAAUCAAGCUGAAGCUAUUUUCCUCACAGCUCUCGACGAUAUCGCCUGGCUUUUCAAUCUCAGAGCUACUGAUGUCAAAAAUACUCCGGUAUUUUACUCUUACGCCCUCGUUUCCGACAAAAUCGUUCAAUUGUAUCUGCAUAAAAAUCGUUUCACGAAAUUAAUUGAGGAUCAUUUCAAGGCUGAAGGAGUCAAAGACACCCAAAUUAAGGAUUAUUUGACUGUCGCAAAGGAUUUUUCAACUUACGUGAACUCGACAAAAGGUCGCAUUUACAUUCCAACUGCCGUGAAUCACGCAAUUUAUUCUGCAGUUCCUGCUUCUCGUUUAGUUCAAAAGAAUCUCGUGGCAAUCAUGAAGUCUGUGAAGAACGAAAUUGAAGCAGAAGGCAUGAAAAAGUGUCACGUGCGGGAUGGAGCAGCAAUUGUUCAGUACCUGCAUUGGUUGGAAGAGAAUGUUGGCACGAGAAAAAUCACGGAAAUGGAUGGCGCUGUAAUUUUGGGUGAAUUUCGAGCUCGUUUUGAGAAGUUUCAGUCGUUGAGUUUUACGGCAAUUAGUGCUGUGGGAUCGAAUGCUGCGAUGGCACAUUAUACGCCGAGUAAUGAGUCGGCAAAGGAAAUUACGAGGAAUGAAGUUUAUUUGAUUGAUUCGGGUGGUCAAUAUUUGGAUGGAACGACUGACACGACGCGCACAAUUCAUUUAGGAACCCCGUCAGCCUUUGAAAAAGAAGCAUUUACUCGCGUUCUUAAAGGAUUUAUCGCAGUUUAUACUUCAAUUUUCCCCAGCGGUGCGACAGAAACUUAUUUUGAUGCCGUUGCACGUCGUUCUUUGUGGGAAGUUGGCUUGGAUUAUGGUCACGGAACAGGACAUGGCAUUGGAUCGUUCUUAGCAGUUCACGAAUAUCCUCCGCUUUUCUCAUCGAGACCUGAUCCUGCAUUCCCCGGGCUUAUUAAGAACAUGUUUGUGUCGAAUGAGCCUGGUGUCUAUAUCGACGGCAAAUUUGGUGUCCGUAUCGAGGAUGUAGUUCAAGUUGUUCCCAUUAACACCCAAUUCGACUUCAACGGAAGAGGUUCAAUGAAAUACGACAUCGUCACAAUGGUUCCUUUCCAAACAAGUCUCAUGGAUUUGAGUCUCUUGACCGAAGAAGAAGUCGCUUGGAUCAAUUCUUAUCACGCGAAGACCUUGAGAGAAGUUGGAGAUUUAUUGUUAAAAGUCAACGACGUCUCGUCAUACAAUUGGUUGAAAGAAGCCACGAAACCUAUUCAAAAAUUGACAAAAUAAACUUAAAAAUUAGUCAUUUUUGUUACCAAUAAACCAAAAAAAUUCAUUAAA